UUCCAGUGAGAAUUCAGAGAGUUUUGGAACACGGCCAGUUAAAAUUCAUUUUUUCUGCUUCAAUUCAGUUCGCUUCCGAUGUGAUUGAUCAGAACGUGAUUUGCACAUCAUAGACACGAGGUAUCGGCUGAAUACAAGACUCGCUGAAAAGAAGUACUCUCAACAGAGUAGCGUAUAACCUAUCACUCGUCCGAGUGACAUAACCUCUGUGCGUGCAAGGAACUCCAGGUGGAAGGGUGGAACGUGCGUGCGAACAACGUGUUUACAGGUGGAAAUAGCUUUCCAGUGACCGCGAAUAGAAGUGAUUUGAAUUCGCCGAACGAUGCUAGCGGUUGAUCACGUUACGAGAUGACAAUUAGUUACAUGUGUGCCGCGGACAUUAAGAACUGCUCCGGUGACGUUUAUCUCGCGAUUGGACGUUUGUGCGAGUACGUUUGCAAACGUGAAGGGGAAUAACACGUAGUCGGCAAGAAGUACACACGUAUGAUUGACAAUAAUCCUCGAUAAAAUGAGUCUCGCGAUGAUCCAGAGAUUCGCUCUGUCGUGCGGGAAGCGCGCGAUCGACACCAACGCGUGCCGGAGAAUCGCAUCGAGCUGGCAUCUGACGCGCAGGAAGCCGCCGCCGGAGCACGUGAGGUUACUCGCGCGUCACACGUAUACGAUUCACACGAGGCUCCAUCACAGUACUCUAUCGCUUUAUGUGAACAAAUUGAAGCAGAAUGCGGACGUGGACGAUAUACCCACGUUGCAAAUCAAGAAGAGACCACCCAGGAAGAACAAAGCUGUGAUAAGUGAUGAGAAUACGCCGAAGAUCAACACAUGGGACGUGAAAGCUCUGGCGACCGCGGAGGAAUACAAUUUGGAAGCUUUAACCAACGGCCUGUUGAGCCAACAAUUAUAUAUUCCCAGCAAAAUAUCCACGUCCAAUAACUCUUUGCCCGACGUCAUACACGCGACGGCCAAGUACGAAGUAGGCCACGAAUCCCGAGAGAUCUUUUUCUUCCGAGAAGGUAGCAUUGUUAUGUGGAAUAUAUCCGAUCUCGAAUGCGGGAACCUAAUGAAAUUUUUGAGGUCUUACGAGUAUAAUCGUUACCCAGAAGAGCUGGUUCAUACCGAGAGCGAGUUAAUGGCUUAUAUGUAUACGGACUCCAGGAGGAAGAGCCACCUAAAAAACGGCAAUAUCAUCCUGACGCGGGAGGCUGAUAACUUGGACAAGUACACGUUCUCCAACGCUAUGGCGCAAUCCGUCAAGCUGGGCGCAUGGGAGGUGUCGUUGAAUCGCUACAUCGACUCGAUCGAGUUCGUGACGGAAGACCUAAAAGCCGGCCGGAAGCUGCGGAUGACGCAGCAGGAGGUGUUGAGGAAGCAAGGCGAGCUGUUUAACCUGCGCCACCGUAUCAACCUAAGCUCGGAUCUUCUGGACACGCCUGAUUUCUACUGGGAACGCGACGACCUGGAGAGUCUGUAUCAGCAGAUUUGCGGCUACUUCAGUAUCGCGAAGCGUACGAGGGUGAUGAACGAGCGGCUGAACCAUUGCGUGGAACUGGUGAGUAUCUUGUCAUCACAUCUGAGCGAUCGCCAUCACGUUCGUCUGGAGUGGAUGAUCAUUAUACUCAUCAUGGUGGAAGUCGCUUUCGAAGUUUUGCACUACGUCGAACGAUACCUCGUGAAGUAGCGGCCAAGAUAGAUUGCAUUUGUAUGAAAUGAUGAAAAGGAUGAAUUAUACACAGAUUGUUGCACAAGUAGGAUGUUGUACCACAUGUAUUAUAUUUUACAAAUAUACGUCGGUGUAUGUGUGUA